UGGCCUACAAGCAUGUUACUUGGCAUUAGGUGUUCUUAUGUUAUUUACAUAUACGUUUCUCUAUUGCGGUGCAGGAGAACUUGUAACAGGACAAUGUGAAGCUGUAUAUCGUGCAAUAUGUGAUCUUGAGUGGUACAAAUUGGAAUCAAGAAAAGCGAGGAAUCUUAUUUUAUUAAUGGUACGAGUCAGCAAACCGUUUUGCAUCACUGCAGGAAAAAUUUUUCCCUUAACAAUGGCUACAUUUUGCAGCCUUUUAAAAACGUCGGCUGGAUAUAUAUCGUUUUUGCUAGCAAAGGGAAGUUGAAAAUUACGUUAAUAUA